AUGGAAAUACAAGAGGAUUCUUCAUCCGACAUCUCGGCAAAUAGGAACAAGAAAUAUACAUGCCUGGCAUGCGGUAUAGCUUUUCGUGAAGCAGAGCUGCAACGCGCUCAUUAUAAAUCGGAUUGGCACCGGUACAAUUUAAAGCGCAAGGUAGCUAAUAUGCCAGCAGUAACAGCUGCAGAUUUUCAAGUUCGGGUAUUAGCAGCCAGGGAUCGAGCUCAAAAUGAAGUCAAUCAACAGAAUCAUGGUUAUGCUUGUAAUUCCUGUAAGAAAUAUUUUAACAACCAAUCCACUUUAGAAAAUCAUUUAAAAUCAAAAAAACACCGCGAUUAUGUGUUGAAAUCAAAGUCGAAAAGAACUGAUGAAACAAAAACUGAAAACCAUCAAGAAAAAUCCAGCGUGGAAGAAGAGCGUCAAGAAGAAAGUCAUGACGAGGAGGAAAUUGAAGAAUACCAAUUAACGAUUAAUGAUUGCUUAUUUUGUUCACAUGAAAGUGUUAAUCUCCAGUCCAAUUUACGACAUAUGAUGCGAUCGCACAGUUUUUUUAUACCCAAUAUCCAAUACUUAACGAAUAUUGAAGGCUUUAUGGAAUAUUUAUGUCAAAAGAUAUCAAUUGGAUGCGAGUGUUUAUAUUGCAACGAUAAAGGAAAGGCAUUUCAGACCUUAGAAGCGGUGAAAAAUCACAUGCUUGACAAAGGACAUUGUAAAUUUUCCGAUGAUGAAGAAUCAAUGCUUGAAUAUUCCGACUUCUACGAUUUUAGUAGUAGUUAUCCAGACCAUGUAGAAGGCGAUGAAGAUGAAGACGUUGCUGCUGUUGCUAAAGACAUUCAGUUAUCUGAUGAUGGCAUGACGCUGAUACUACCCAACGGAAAUCGUAUAGGCCAUCGAUCAUUAAGAGUAUUUUAUAAGCAACAAUUUUCCAAUCUUCCAGCCAUGACGCCUGCUGAAAAACGAGCAAUUAAGAGUAACUUGAUGUCUCAGUACCAAGUAAUAGGAUGGAAUACUACUGCUGCUCUAUCAAAGUCAUUUAUAAAGCGACAUAACAAAGUCCGUGAAAUUAGUCAAAAGAUUAAAUCCAAGGAUGCAACAAGGCUAGCAGUCAAAGCUAAUAAAUUCCAAUUUCAUUUUAGGUGUCAAAUUGAUUUUUAA